CUGCUGCUUAUUUUGAAUGCGAUCACGGGCAGGGUUUCAGAACCAAGGUCUACUCUCACAACGCCGUACAGCCGAAACCAGCUAAACAGCAGGACCCUUUUCACCUGGCGAGUUCUGGUGCCUGUGACGGGACGCUGCUCCCAUGGUGUUGCCGCCGGCUCUUCUCGGCCGAGAUCGUUCCUCCGCUCCCCACGAUUAUUACAGUACUGUUAGCCACUGCAGUGCCGUGGUAAUUGUACCGGCUUACUAGACUCGGAGUAGGAUUAUUAUUCCCCGGCCCCAACGUGCGGCUUCAGCAUCAGUCAAUAUACGAUCAUCUUUCUCAUUCCCUUUUCUCCGUAACACCUGUGUCCUGCGUUCUAUUGUUCAGCGCUCGCUGGUCCUUGCCCGUCAGCUCUCUGGGAGCCUCCCCUAUUCUUUGUCCAUUGCUAAAGAUUCAGACCUAAGUUGGAACAAUAUGGGCACUUGAUCAAGUGCUCUGGCGGCGGUCCUCGCCUCGGGAUCACAUCUUGCCUACUACUAUCAUUCGGCUAGCUGCAACGCAAACAUACCACCUACAAUGACAUUUGCUACAGCGAGUCGAAAGCUGAAAAAGGCGGCGAGAAUCAUCCUUGUUGGGGCACCGGGGGUUGGAAAAGGAACGCAGUCCGAGAGGCUUAUGAAACGGUUUCCACAACUGUGCACGAUCGCGACCGGAGAUCUUCUGCGUGACAAUGUCAAGAAUAAGACAGCUCUUGGACAACACGCAGAAAGCUACAUGCGCAGUGGUGGUCUGGUGCCCGAUCCUUUGAUUCUCAACCUCAUCCUCAACGAAUUAACCACGAGAAAGUGGUUAGACACAUACGAUUCCAAUGAGAACAUAAUCGCCGCCCUUGAACAUGGCCAGAACUCGGGCAAAACAAUAGUUCAAGUCUCGAAUUCACCCGAUACAUCUUUUAUUCUAGAUGGGUUUCCUCGUACUGCCACCCAAGCUCGAGCUCUGUCACAUCUUCUCCCCAUCAACCUGGUCUUCCAGCUUGUCACUCCAGUCGAGGUUAUCCUCUCUCGAAUGGCGAAUAGAUGGACACAUUUGGCUUCGGGAAGAGUAUACAACGUGGGAUUCAAUGAUCCAAAAGUCGCUGGGAUUGACGACAUGACUGGGGAACCACUGGUGCAAAGGGACGAUGACAGCGAAGCCACAUGGCGGAAACGUCUGGCCAAGUUUGACGAGACGAGCCAGAGUUUGCUGGACUUCUACCGGGCGCAGGACGAAAAGCUCGUGGUCACGGUUCAAGGGAACAGCAGUGAUGAGAUUUCGCCGCAGAUAUUUGCAGAGGUCGAGAAGCGAUUCGGUCUAUAAAAGAGGAGUGAAUGGGUUACAUUAUUUUGAUCAUUUAGGGAAACAUUAAUCUGUCACCUCGACUGUGAUUCUCCAGAUCCCAUUGAGAUCAAGAUGAUCCCUAAGUCCCGGAUGCCCAGCCAGAGGUAGCUAAUCUGCGCUCGGCGCGAAACCGGCCUCAGCAGUGAAUGCCAGAGGCCGACGAUUUAAGUAAUGCUUUUUGUUGCCGGCGCGUGUAGAUGGAGAAAAGAAGGGAAGAGGAAAGUGUGGACGCGUGAGAAGUGACAAGUAUUUGCGGUGGGCCACUCAGGCUUGGCAAACGCGUGAGCUCCCUGCAACUUGAACUUCGACGAGUGCAGCAACUUCAAGUUCCAGUUCCAUGUUUGAUACAGGUUGACCUGGCUUUGGCUCCGAGUCGAGCUUGAUACCUGGCUACAUAUCUAACUCCUUGUACAGCACAUCAUACAUCAGUCAGCCUCAUCUGUCUCCCGCCGAUGAUGUGAUACGGCGUUGUUCCAACUUCGAAACAAAAAUUUUGCAAACUGCGCAAAUCGCUUUCCGAUAUGCAUGGAGCUCCCCCAGAUGUUCAAGCAUGCUGGAAAAUCAGAAGCAAACAAGAUGAUGCUGACUAGAGGUAGGCCUUCGACGGCCGGAAGCAAUUCAGCUGUCCGCCUCCUGCUGGUCGGUCGCUGCAACUCGCCGGCGGUCUGAAUCGGAACGUCCAAUUGAAUCCUCAUUGGUUGCUACUACUAGUACUUAUAGAACAUCCAACUAUAUUUGCCUCGUGGGAAAUGGUGUCAGAAUCCGGCCAUUCACCCGGUCAGCACUGCACGUACCCGCAUCUCGCCUGUGGCUGUCCGCAAACUCGAAGCUACUGUACCCGUUGAUAGCGGCCUUGCGCCUGUCCUAUGUUGCGACUUCGACUAGAUAGAUGAAACAGCCUGUUGCCAAUAGAAUUAGGAACUGACGGACAUCUUGUAGGCUGGGUGACAGGUGGACCACUCUCCCGAUAGCACAUGAGCAGAAGAGCCUGCGUCCAACGACUGAAGAAAAAGUGUCAACGGUGCCAGGUCAAACGGCACGAUGGAAGGCCUCCAGAAGUCAUCAACUCCCUGAUUACUAGUAGGGGCCGGGUACCCCAGAUAGCGCUACUCAGUGUCCACAGGGGCACCGAGAGCCCAAGGGCCCCCUCGGGCUCUCGUCUUUCGGUGGUUUUCAG